UGUCAAAUUCAUUCUUUCUUUUGCUUUGUUCUGUGGUUCAGUUGUCAGAACUUGAAAGCCGCCUGCUCGUCUCGAGGGAAUUUAGUUAUUUUUGUGUCUUUGACUGAAAAAGACCAUUUUGAUUUAGAUGUUACUUGUUUCUUUUUCCUCCUAAUAGAUUUCUGUUAUGACGAUGAACGGUGUGAUCCAUAUGCGUGGGGAGACAACUACCCCUCCUGCCAUCCGCUGCUGGAGAGUCAUCAUUCUCCAAUCAAUCUCAAUCGUCAGCUGACCAAGAACGGUUCUUUGGACUCGUUGAAUCUUGAAGGUUUCAGUUUGACUCCUAAAGGCCAGUGGAGGCUUGUAAACCAGGGUUACUCGGUUGUGCUGGAGGUUGGUAACGGGAUGCAGGUGAGCGGCGGGGGGCUUCCUGGAAUUUACCGCACCGUCCAGCUACAUUUCCACUGGGGAAGUGUCUUCACCAGUGGAUCGGAACACACACUGGACCACCUGAGGUUCCCCAUGGAGAUGCAUAUAGUCAACAUCAAAUCCACACAUCCGAACUUAACAUCUGCGCUGGAGGACCCAACCGGUCUUGCUGUGCUGGGGGUUUUCAUUGAUGUGACUUCUUUGCACAAUGAAAACUUUCACCCCAUCUCGAGCGCACUUCCUUUUGUUGCCUACAAAGGACAAACCAAACCGAUUCGACCGUUUCCUCUAAUAAAUCUGUUACCUCAGAACAACCUCGCGCAGUAUUACCGAUAUCACGGCAGUCUCACGACGCCGCCCUGUUCUCAGGUGGUUUUGUGGACGGUGUAUGAAGUGCCCAUCGAUAUUUCAUGGGGUCAGUUUGACCGUUUUGUAAGCGGUAUAUAUGCUACACAAGAAGAUGAAAAUGACCAAGUUCUUCUGCACGACAACUACAGACACAUCCACCCGACUUACGGUCGCACCGUGUACGCUUCCAAAGACGCCAGGCUUCUCACCAAUAGUGCUUCCUGUCUUACGUUCUUUCACCUUUUAAAUGUUCUUCAGCUUUUGCCACUUUUAAACCUCUAGUAUUUUGCACAUCACAGAAAGUAUUAGGUGUCUGCUUGGUGUCAAAUGGACAGUUCUUUACACAAUUUCAUAUUUAGCAUUAUUUAGAAAGUGUCAUUGGUCAGAAGCUGUCGAGAAAACACAUUGUGGUCGCUCGCACGCUGGAGCGUACAUCUUCAACAGCUCCUUUGAUAUAUGCUGUGAUUCAUUGACUAUUUUAAGCAGGUAAUGGAUGAGUGAUUUAUCCUCUGAAGGUUUCCCUAUGUGCGUAUUUCCCCUUAUUCAUUACGACUGAACUUGAUCGCCCAAAGCCUUUUGCUGGGGAGAAUUCCCAAGUCUAUAUAUAAAGGCCAGUGUUUAGGGAUUUUGACUGAUACCAUAUAGCAGCAAGAUCUCGUUUCGGGUUCAUUUCGCAGGCUUCAUGUCAAUUAUAAUGAAUUUGUAGACCGCUCGAGAUCUUUUGUUAUUCUAUAUACUUCUAGCCAAAAGGUGAUGUUAUCAUUCUGUGAAAAACACAAACUUACCUCAGAAGGCAAACUAUUUCAUGUGGAUACAGUACAGUGGAGAUGGUAGUUUGACUCGAGUACCAGUGUCAAAUGGUACUGAUGGAAAGUGAAUAAAAAUGAAUUUCCAUUUAUUAGUCUGAUUGUUUGGAUCGCUCACAUGCACACAAGCGUGUUGUUGUAGCGCUCAUACCAUUCACACCCUGUUACUGACGUAUAGGGAGCACUGCAGGGUUCACACAAAGCACCCUUGUUUUGCUCUCUAUUGAGGUUACUGGGGUUGUUAAGUUGAGCAGUGAGGUCAUCCUCCUCUGCUCAUUGACGGUUCAAAAGAACACUCAACGUUUUAAAGUGUUCAUCAGCUCAAUACACCAUCAAUGAAAAAUGACUGUGUUGUGCCAACUUGAGUUUACGAGUAAUAUUUGUGCAAAUUAUAAAUGAUAUCUGCCAAAAUAAAAUGAAUUUGAA